CCAGAACUUUGCGCAUAAAGUCUGAUUGUCCUAGCUAGCUGUCUAGCUCUAUGGUAAAACGUCUGUGCUGUGAGGGCAGUGCAGUGGAUUUAGAGACUUUGGGACGUUUCACAGAUGAACUCAAUUUGUCCUGGCUGAGAGCUUGUCUCUGCUAGUUAGCUAGCGAAACCAUGACCACAAUCUUGAACCGUUUUGACGGUCGAGCCCGCUUGCUAGCAUAUGCGUUACUUAACGGGGGAGUAAGUGAUGCCCAGAAAAUGUUCACGAAACAGCGAGGCGCUAGUACUCAGUUCUUUUUGCGAUCCUUUCUGAACACACUAUGUCGAGAUGAGGCGUGCUUGGAUAAGCGAGCGAACUCACUCACUACGAAGCCACUGGUCAACAUGUUUUCUGAUGCAUUUAAGUGUGAUCUACUGUGCUUUCUGCAUCUCAUCCAUCCUGGUGUGCCACGAGACAGUGUUCUUUCCCUGCUUCACUGCCUCACUCAGGAAGUGAAUAAAAAGCCAUGGAUUUGUGCAUUAAUUACUCAGCUUCACAAAGAUAUUGGAAGUGAAGACCUUGGAAAAGGUACACUUCUCACCCCGCAAUGUAUAGUGGACCUGAAAGGGCUGUGUGAGAGAUUCAAAGAUUCACAAGAAAAAGGAGUGUGGGAUCUGUACCUAAAUGAACAUUGGACCUGUGAAUUAUCUCCAGAUAAUCAAACAGAUUUGGAACAUAAGAAAAGAAAAAGGGAGAUUGUAUGCAUGGAUACAGAGAGGAAUGAGCUGCAUUCCAAAAGGAUGAAGUUGGAUAUGUCUGCCAGUGGGCUCACUGAGAGUGAAAAGUUGACUGUGGAGGAAUCUAAUGCAAAUACUUUGCAGCUUGACAAGCAUCUGGAAGGAGAUUCUCCCAUGACACAUCAACUGCCAGAGGAAGGAUCCUUGUGUGUUUUGUCAGACAACAUAAAGGCAGCAGUUCCUUUGAUAAAAGAAUUACUGGAGUCUGAAACAGAGUGGGAUGAGAGCUAUAUGCCUUUUCUCAGAGUGCUGAAUGAAUGUGAUUCAUAUCAGUUGGAGAUGUUGUGUGGAAUACUACGUUUGGCUGAAACCCCUGAGCCGACCUUACCUCAUUUCUGUAGCUUUCUGCUGGCUCUGUCUCCAGAUCUUAGCCACAGCACUGCAAGCAUCAUUAUCAAGCACCUCUUGCUUGGUAAGGUUCUUUCCCUCACAGAGCCAGCCUCUCGUUGUCUGGUCACUGCUGUAACCUCACUUUGCAGUCGUUACCCAAGGCCAACCUGCCAAGCUCUUAUAGAGCCAGUCAUAAAGGCAGGACAAACAGAUAACGCCCAGGCUGAACUAUUCUGCCGGCUGGUGAAAGAGUGCCUUGAGUCACAUCACAGACUGUUUGUAUUCCAGAUGACACUUCAUGGAUCCUGGAAUGAGGGUUUGUUGUCAGUCAUCCAUGCUUUGUUGGAUUUAAAGAUUGAACCAAGUGAGGAGCUUUUCUCCCUUUUCACUACCCAACUGAGCAGGCAGUCUCCACAAUUCCCCAAGUCCAUGAAGUUCGCCAAGAUAAUGCUGACUGUCCUGACAAAGUUCCAGUCCUAUAUGAAUGCAUCGCGCCAACACACAUUGUUGUGCUGUAUCUCUUUCAAUGAGACCUUCCUUAAGAAAUCUCUGCAGGCUGCACUAAAACGUAUUUCUCAGUAAUGUAUGUUAUUUUGAUAUAAAUACAUUUUCUAUAUCUUCUAACAUUGUAAAUACUAGUAAAUCUUAAUUGUAAAUAUAUGAACAAGGACCUGUAUCCUAUAAUGGCACUGAUCUGUCCAUUGCUUUCACCCCUCUCCACUUUAAAAAUAAAUAUACAGAAAAUA